AUGAAGACUAGCGCUCGUUCCCUCCUCGCUCUUGCUGCCCUUCUCACCACCGCCCUUGCUGCGCCGACACCAGCAAACGGAGUGAGCUUCCCUAUCACCGACCUCCUCGACAAGGACCUUACUGUCGAGGAGUAUGCGGCACAGCUUGAGAACCAGAGCGUUGAAGAGCGUGGCCUUACCAAGCGCCAGUACAAUGGUGACACUUACAACCAACUGACCGAUGGUACUGCAUGCCGUCCGAUUACCGUCAUUUACGCUCGUGGCACCACCCAAGCCGGCAACGUUGGCGAGGCUGGCUCAGAAGGUCCGACUUUCUUCAAUGCUCUGGCUUCUCGUGUUGGAGGAAUCAGCCGCUUGGCCAUCCAGGGUGUGAAUUAUCCAGCUAACGUCCUUGGCUUCCUGGCUGGGGGAGAUGCUGCAGGAGCUACGACUAUGUUCAACUUGAUCAACCAAGCUGCCACUCGUUGCCCUUCAACCAAGAUCGUUGUCUCCGGAUACUCUCAGGGCGCACAGCUUGUACACACUGCUACCCAGAGGCUAUCAGCUGCCCAAGCCGCGCGUGUCACCGCUGUUGUAACAUUCGGCGAUGCCGACCGUGACGAGACCUUUGGCCCUGUUGCCGCAAACAAGGUUCUCAUCAUCUGCCAUGAGGGUGAUAACAUUUGCGACAACGGUAUUAUCAUCACCCCCGAGCACAGGAACUACGAGAUCGAUGCUCCUACGGCUGCGGCUUUCGUUGCCGCACGUGUUUGA